UGUGCUGGACUUGAUAUGGCACUCACACCCCCUCUCCUCUCCUCUCCUCUCCUCUCCGCCAUAUGAAUGUAGCUUGAGAAGACUAGCUAGGCAACGUCUGAAAGGGGUUAGCUAACCAAAUCUGCGCGCAGGAAUAGCUGCAGCCUGCAGGCCUUACAUCGAUCUCCAGGUGGCCAUCUGAGACAUACGAAAGCAUUCAUGCCUGCAAUGGAGGGUUUGCUCAAACUGUUCGAUAUGUGGGAAAUCCAGGUGCUUGUGCUCCUCAGCUUCGCACUACAAGUUUUCUUGUUCUUUACUGGCAGCCGGCGACAACAUAGCACGAGCAUGGUCCUAAGGCUCUCAAUUUGGGCUGCUUAUCUUGGGGCAGACUUUGUAGCAGUGUAUACCCUAGGCCUUGUCUCACGACAUGAGGAGAUCAGCGCUGAAAGGCACGUAACAGGGGUAACACAAUCACUAGUUUUCUUUUGGGCACCAUUUCUCCUCAUCCAUCUUGGUGGGCAGGACACCAUUACUGCCUUUUCCAUGGAGGACAACAGCUUGUGGCUGAGGCAUUUGCUGAAUCUGGUGGUGCAGGUUGUCCUGGCUAUAUAUGUUUUUUGGAAAUCCAUUGGAAGACACAGUCUGGAGCUUCUAUUGUCUUGUGUAUUUCUGUUUGUUGUUGGAAUUAUCAAGUAUGGGGAAAGAAUAUGGUCUCUUCACUGUGGUUCCUUCACAAGCCUCGAGAAUUCAAGUGGACGUCGUUACAAAGGGUUGCCAACGCUUGAUGAAAAAGAAGACAUGGAUGAGGAAUCUAAUAGCCAAGUGAGCACUAGUGGUGGCUAUGAUAGCACUGUUUAUAUAGCUAUGUGUUCAAUGCCACAUGUCCAUGAUAUCUUUUCAGGACACAACUUCAUUUCAGAAUCUGCACCCCCAGAUCGGAUGCUAGAUGACAGCACAAAUGUGAUCAAGACGGUCAGUAUUAUUCUAAGUUUGAUGUAUGCUGAUCUCUACACUAAGGCUCUUGUGGUCAGAACAAGGAGUGGCAUCAUAUUUAGAUGCAUCUCUCAGAUGUCCGCUGUUGUUGCUUUUGCUCUGUUCCAUGCAAAUGACAAGCAGAGGUAUAGCAAAAAAGACAUUGCAAUCACUUAUUCACUUCUUGUGGGAGUCUUUUUCCUGGAACUGUGUGCAAUGUUUAUUUCCAUGAAGUCACCCUGGACAUGGGCAUGGCUGAAGGUUCGAAAGUGGGAUAAGCUUGCCAUGUUGUCCUGGUUACUUUUUUCUAGUGAUAUUAGGCGGCCGAAGGCGAAGCAAUGUUCGCUACCGUCAAUGGGGCAGUACAACUUUUUGAGCUGGGUGACUGGCAGUGGCCAUGCGAGAACAUUCAAACAACGAGUGAUGACCAUGUGCAAAUGGCUUGUGAAUUUGGUCUGUCUUGAAAGGAAGAAAAUAUUUUGGAUGAGCAAGCUGUUAGACACUGAGUAUGUGAAUGUGGAUGAGGUGCUUAUGGAGUGUGUUGCAAAGGAGAUUAGUCACUUAAGUGAAGAUGAAGGCUCCAAUAAGAGUAUUAGCAAAAAAUUGCUGGAUUUCUUGGCGUAUUCUCCAGAUUUUGGUGCGACUAUUUUGAUGAUGCAUGGAUUGACAGAUGAACAUUUACGUAAAUAUGCCACUUCUGGUGCUGCUGACAUGGAGGCAAAUACUGAAAUAGUGGAUAUGAUUGCCGUAUGCAGAAAACUAUCCAACUACAUGAUGUACCUUCUGGCUACCCACCCGUCCAUUCUUCCGCUCAGUCUUAGCGCGAAAAGUAUUCUCGACUGUCUUCAGGAUCCCAAAGAUUUCAACUUUGAACUUAACACAUUAGAUGGCGCUCUGGAGCCAACCAUGGAAGUAGUGGAGUUAGUUAGCGUGUGGGCGAGGCUCCUUAUUUACGCUGCAGGCAAGUCAAGACAGGAGAUGCACACGGCACAACUGAGCAGAGGAGGGGAGCUCAUCACCUAUGUCUGGCUCCUCAUGGCCCUCCAUGGCCUCGGAGAUUCCCAGACAAGGAGGAUUCGACUCACCAAUGGUGAUACUAGUGAAGGUAAGGUGGAGGAGACAUAUGCCUUCCCUGUCCCUACAGCAACAUCAAUUGGACCGGAAGAAGCUAGCAGCAGCAUUACGGCGGGUGUAAUAAACCGAUGGCAGCAUCUUGCACGCCGCUUGCGCUCCAUGCCGCCAGGACGUGCUGAUUCUUCCCCUCGCGUUGUGGGUGAUCAAAUAAAUGACUAGUAGUACAUAUCAAGUAUCUGCUACUCUAGUACUGCUCAGACUAUUUGCUACUGACUUUUAUACGUAUGAAUCCCUCGUUUAAAAACUUGUAAUGAAUAAAUGAAUCGAUAAACGAAUCAUGAGGUGUUUUGCGGUGUAAUGUAUCAACCGCCGAGUUGGGUGCUCUGCUCUAUGUAGAGGGUUUCACCUGACGUUUAAAUUUGCUCUACCUACGCUUCGCUCAA